GUUAGACGAGAAACUUUGGCACAGCGCCUCCGUGGAUAGCCAGGCGCUGCUUGAGCUCCUCCGCGCCACGCCGUCGGAUCCGUCGGAUCCGUCGGACCCAGCGGCCCUGUGGCGCCGCUGUGCGCGGCGGCUGGACGUGGCGGAGGAAAGUGAACUGGAUGCCGUAGGCGAUGAGCUCCUGAGCCAGUGGCUCAAGCAAAACGAAGAGGGCACAUCCGAAGCAGGUUCCAGCAGCCUAUUUCCCAGCAGUGGUAUCUCGGCACCGCGCCGGGGCGAUCUGCUCCUCACCGGAGCGCAUGCCUUUGCGGCGGGGACGCAGCAGUUCCUACACAAGGCCAUCCUGAUUGUGCUGGCAGUGGAUGGAGAUGAGGAUUCGUCAGAGGACACUGUGCACUUUGGUGGGGACGAGGACUUUGACCGUUGGACCUGUUUGUCCCCAGGUGAAAGUCACCAUGACGCCACCCCACUGGGUGACAGCGGCUUGUGGUGGGUCCGAGAUGCCGCGGAGGCAUGGAGAACCAGAAGGUUGUCCCCUUGCAACAUGCUCUUCGCGCGCGGCGCCGUUCGCCUGGGGAGUUUGGAGCUGGAAUUGUGGCAGAGACGCGGCGAGAUGGGUCUGGUGCGUCACUGGAGCCCCAAGCUGCGCGACGUUUUGAGCGCCUGUUGCAGCUACGAGGGCCCCGGAGCUCGGGGGGUUCGUCUUGGCCUUUAUGGGGACCAUCACGGUUUCGGACUCUGGGAGGUGACUGGACGACUCGUUCUGGCUGGAGAAGUGGAUCCUCAACUGCUGCGGUCAGUCUCGCCUUUCAUGAAGGUGAUGAUCAGGCAGCUACAGCUCUCCGCGGAACUGUGGGUGACAGGACCCUUCGACACUGGUCCCGGGGUGAAGCUCUGGGGACUCCACUGCUUCGCGGGGACAAAGAUGCCACGGUUGGACCGACGAAUUCCGAAGACGAAUUACGAAGACGAAUUCCCCGAAGACGAAUUGCCCCCCGAAGACGAAUUACGAAGACGAAUUCCCCGAAGACGAGAAGACGAAUUAAGACGACGAAUUCCCCGAAGACGAAUUGCGAAGACGAAUUCGAAUUCCCCGAAUUGCCCCCCGAAGACGAAUUCCCACCCGAAGACGGAUUCCGAAGACGAAUUCCCCGAAGACGAAUUGCCCCCCGAAGACGAAUUCCCACCAGAAGACGAAUUACGAAGACGAAUUCCCCGAAGACGAAUUGCCCCCCGAAGACGAAUUCCCACCCGAAGACGGAUUCCGAAGACGAAUUCCCCGAAGACGAAUUGCCCCCCGAAGACGAAUUCCCCCCCGAAGACGAAUUGCGAAGACGAAUUCCCCGAAGACGAAUUGCCCCCCGAAGACGAAUUCCCCCCCGAAGACGAAUUGCGAAGACGAAUUCCCCGAAGACGAAUUGCCCCCCGAAGACGACUUUUUCACCAAGGCUGGUUCUUCUGCGUCCGCGUGGAGUCGAUUCGUCCAGGGACUUGGCAGGAGCCGGUCGAAUUUCGAGAAAAAUGCUGGGCUUCAGCCAUGAAAACUGAAAAAAAAUAG